GCCUUUGCCAUUCACUAAUGUAUGCUUGAAAGUUUAUCCAAUUUACAAACCAGCCUUUUUUACCCCACUAUAUAUAACCUCAUCGAUACUCUUUGAAUUUGCUACCACCGGUUGGGACAAAGCAUCAACCACACAGAUAACCGAAGACACGGGAGUUGUUAUAACCUACAUACCCGGGCACGAAUAGCGCAGUCAACCCUCGCCAUGUCGCCCUCCCUUGUAAUACUCGAUAAUACUCCCGACUUAGACUUUUAUGCGUCGAAUUCAUCUCGGAAUGGGCCCUCAGCCCCCCGAACACUCCUCCUAGCCCCUCCAUCAAUUGCUGGCCACGAGGAGAACCUGCGUCAUGUCUCGGUAGCUUAUGACCGUUCCGCGACAGACCUACAGAUGCUGGACCGCCUCGCACUCGGUCUUGUCAAUCUUCCCCAUGCCACAUACGACCUGAUCUUGGUCCUCACUGACGCAGACGGCACGCGAUCCGAAUCUACCCUUUUACUCGACCGACAUGUCUUUGCGAAGAUUGUGCCAACCCUCAAGGCUGGCGGCAAGAUCCGAGCUCAAGAUGGAUCCCUCGUUCAAAGCAGUAACACACCUGACGCACGGGAGGCCCUAUUGGCCGGCCUAAUACCUCGCGUUGACGGGUUCGAAAAGGUCGACAACUGGACCACUGCUGCUGUACCGCUCAAGCUAGGCACCGGCAAUAAUAAAAAAAGGUGCACCGUUGGCUCUACUAUAAAGAACGUUACCUUCCACCCGGACAAGGGCAACAACACGAACCUUAAUCUACGGCCGGUGGCCACAAAGGCCCCCAGCCUUAGUUUGAUUAAAUCUGCCGGCCUUCUCGGAGUUGUCAGGGACGAUGAUGAACUGAUUGACGAGGAUGCUCUAUUGACAGAAGAGGAUGUAAACGUGCCUCUAGUCAUUCCUGCUGGGUGCAUACCCAAGGUUGGCAAACGACGACGUGCUUGUAAGGACUGCACCUGUGGCCUUGCAGAGAGACUUGCUGCUGAAGACGCGUCUAAGCGUGAUGAAGCAGAUAUUAGACUUGAGGCGCUCAAGCUUGGCGCCGGCGAUCUGAACGAAGUCGACUUCACUGUUAAGGGUAGGAUUGGUUCCUGUGGGAACUGUUCUCUGGGAGACGCGUUUCGCUGCGACGGCUGCCCGUAUAUCGGGUUGCCGGCCUUCAAACCCGGCGAGGAGGUUCGCCUACUUAACAACGUGGUGCAGCUGUGAGAGUAGAGAAUACCUAAUAGCAACGAAACUAUGCUAUAAAAUAAAUAGUAGUUGAUAUAGGUCGAAGCACUUCGCUAGGCUCUUUACUUCUUUAUUCUGUCAUUUAUUAUAAUCGUAGACACUAUGCAUUUGUUCUAAGAUAAAAGAAUAUAAAAUACGUCGAAGCACUCUCUGCUUCUCUAGGUUUUCGGCACGAAAACCUAGGACCUCUUUAAAGGCUAGGGAAAAAGAGGUAAGUAGGAAUCGACGUUUGAACUGCGAAAAGGGAUUGAUUAGCAAUCGAUUCUUAAUUGAAUAGG